AGUAGAGUCAUUUUCUCAUAGACUUCUAUACAAGAAGAUAAAUAUUAAACAAGAACUUUUUGGUGUCAUGAACUGCAUGCAUCUUAAAAGUAACGGGUGUGAAAUGUGAAGAAGGAAAGCGUGUAAUAUGUGACCACCAGCUGCUCUCUGUCCCGUGUCCUGGUUGUAAGUAUUUGAUUCAUGAAUGAUUUAUGUCUCAUGUCAGCCGGUGUUUGACGUGUCCUCCUGCAGAUGAGACGGUGACCUUGUCUGCGGUUCUGGAGCGACUCAACCCUCACUUGGCUCAGAUCAAAGUGCUGCACAAAGUGUUCUGCACCGGGGUCGCCGAGGUCCCCCCCGAGACCCCGAACGUGGUGCGGGCCUCUCACCUGCUCAACACCCUGUACAAAGCUAUCAUAGAGUACGACAGCGCCGGGGAGGCGUCGGAGCAGGCGGUGGCCUUGUUAUUUUCUCUGUGGACGGAGACGGUCCGACCGUAUCUGGAGAUUGUGGAUGAGUGGAUUGUUCACGGCCACCUGUUUGAUCCAGCCAAAGAGUUCAUCAUCCAGAGGAACAAGGAUGUCCCGGUGAACCACAGGGACUUCUGGUACGCCACCUACACUCUGUACAGCGUGUCGGAGACGGUGGAGAACGAGGAGAAGCUGAACGACGCAGCCAGCGGGAGCUCCGGAGGGGAUCAGGGCUCCGGCAACAGGCAGCUCACCAUGGUGUCCUUCCUCAAACCCGUGCUCAAGCAGAUCAUCAUGGCCGGCAAGUCCAUGCAGCUGCUCAAAAACCUGGACUGCAAGGAGACCGAGCAGACUGAGAGAUCCUCCAGAGAUGCAGAGAGGAAGAGUCUCUACACUCUGUUUCUGGAGUCGGUUCAGUCUCGUCUCUGCAGCCGAGACGAGUCGCCCGCGGACGCGGUCACCGAGCAGCAGGCCACCAGGAGGAGCCUGAUCAAGAUGCAGUCCAUCAUCUCACAGCACCUGGAGAUCGAGGACGUGUACGAUCCGCUGCUGGCCAUCAACUUUGCCCGGCUGUACUUGGAGCAGAGCGACUUCCACGAGCGUUUCUCCGGAGGCGACUUCACGGUGGACCGCUCGUCUCAGUCGGUCACCUGUCAGACCUUCGAGCUCACGCUGCGCUCCUGCCUCUACCCGCACAUCCAGAAGAGGUACAUCGAGUGCUGCGGGAACCUCAUGAGGACUCUGAAGAAAGACUACAGGCUGCUGGGAUACCUGCAGGCCAUGAGGAACUACUUCCUGCUGGAAGCUGGAGACACCAUGUACGACUUCUACACGGCCAUCUUUGACAAGGUGCAGGAGAAGGAGAGCUGGCAGCAGCUGUCCUUCCUCAACGGGCAACUGCAGGAGGCCGUGGGACAGCGCCACCCGGAGGACAGCAGCAGGUUGUCGAUCUUCUUGGAGCCCAUCGACGCUGCCAGGAAGAAGCAUCCUGUGAACAACCUCGAGGUUCUGACUCUGGGCUACAAGGUUCCCUGGCCGGUCGACAUCGUGAUCAGCUCCGAGUGUCAGAAGAUCUACAACCAGGUGUUUCUGCUGCUGCUGCAGAUCAAAUGGGCCAAAUACAGUCUGGACACGCUUCGGUUCAGUGAUUUCACCGACGUCACUAAGAAGCUGGAGGGAGCUCCGGCUGAGGACGUGAAGCUCAGAGAGCCGAUCAACCAGCAGAUUCACCGGAUGUGUCUUCUGAGGGUCAAACUGAUGCACUUCGUCAACAGCCUCCACAACUACAUCACGACCAGGAUUCUGCACAGUACCGGACUGGAGUUCCAGCACCAGGUCCAGGAGGCGAAGGACCUGGACCAGCUGAUCAAGAUCCACUACAGAUAUUUGGCAACCAUUCACGACCGCUGCCUCCUGAGGGAGAAGGUGAGUUUUGUGAAGGAGGCGAUAAUGAAGGUUCUCAAUCUGAUCCUGAUCUUCUCUGACCGGUGGCAGGCUGGAGCCUGGAAGUGAGUGAGAGAAACUUUAAUAGAAAUAAAAGAAUCUAAAGAUCGUUUAUUGUCGUUGUGAUGCAACACAGGGAGGCUCAACGGAAUCCAGUUGCAGAACAAAAACCAAACCUUCCUUUGGUGCAUCUUUUAAAUUUGCAUCAUCAGGAAUGUAAAACAGCAGCAACAAAAACAAUAUGGCCGACAUCUUCACAGUAAUAACUCAACCUUGUCCAUCAGCUCCAACUGUUUGAGCAUCAUGAUGUAAAGUUUAGUUUAAUUUUUUGCACAAUUUAAACAAUAAAAUAAAGAUAAACAUAACGGAGAUAAAUAACAUCUCAGAGCAGGAAAAGGCAGAAAGCCAACUGAAGCCUCCACCGACAGAAUGUUACAAUGUGACAAUAUUACUGAGAACAUAAAAUGAAUAUGCAUAACAUAUGACUACGUUAAAUAUUAUUGACAGAUGUACACAGAGUCCACCUCCUCUGGUGGACUCUGUCCUGUGUUGGUCCUGGACCACUAUGGAUCCAGGUCUCUGUGAAGAUGUGGGCUCAACAGUCACCAAACCUCCCGCUGCUUUUCAUCCGUCUUAUUUGUUCUGCUGCCGGACAUCAGACAGCCAGGAUGCAUGCUGGGUA